AGGGAUACUGUGCUUGUCUGUUUGCUCCAUGUGACAUAUCUCACAGCCUCUACUUUGGCAUUAAAGUCUCCUUACCUUGCUUCAACUUCCCCUUUUCACACACACUAAAAAGUCCUACAUUUCUAUCACUCUUUUUAAUGCUUCCCUUCUCCACUUAUCAUCUUGUCUAAAAUUCAGAUCCAAUCUUGGAGAAUCCUCAUUAGAUCUUCUUCAGAACAAGAGUGAGUGAGUGAGUCAGUACAUAUGGCUCCACUUCUACAUUCCUGCAGCUUUACUAAGGUACUUUUAGUACUAUGUCUUGUUUUUGUGUUAUUCACUCUUUCAUUCAUUCCUGCACAUAGUGAACUCCAACCUCACAAUAAUAAUGUUAGAAGCAGAAGAAUGUUGGAGCUAGACAAUGAUUCAAAGCCAAUUAAGAAGAAAAUCACCACAAAUCCAACUUCACUUUCUACUUCCAAGAACCAAACCAAACUCAUCAAAUCAACCAAUAGCUCUUCUAAGAAUCAAACCAAGCAAAUCAAGACUUCUUCUUCUUCUUCUUCUAGUUUUGGUUCUACCAAGAACCAAACCAAGCUUUCAAAAUCAAAACUUUCCUUUUCUGAAUCACAAACCAAGCCUAGUUCUACCAUUACCAAAUCAGAGAAACUUACUUUCAAAUCCCAGCUUCAGAAGCUCAAUCUCACACCCUCCAAGUCCUCAAAUUCAACCAAAAUCACUUCUUCCACCAUCAAGAAGCCUUCAGAUCUACCCAAAAUCAGCUCAAGUUCUUCUCCCAAGAACAAAACAAUCAAAUCAACUAAAUCCCAAUUGGAAAAAGGCAUCAAUCAGUCCAAAUCAAAAACCCCAAUUAGUAAAAUCCAGCCAACAGACAAAACAGCCAAAACCAUUAAAACCCAAUUGAAAAAAGACACCAGUGAGUCCAAAUCCAAAACCCCAAUUACUAAAACCCAAACCCCUGCAGUCAAGAAACCAGAGACAACCCAGAAAAAAUCACAGUACAGCUGGCUAGAAAAUGAAGAUGAUGACAUGAUUUCUGAAUUCAGAGACUUGCCCUCCAAAUUCCAUGAAACCUUUUUGCCAGAUUUGGAGAAAAUUUCCAAAACCUCACAAGUUUACCUCAACAAAGCAAACAAAGAAAUCACCAAAAACUUCAAACCCUAUGUUGGAAACAAAUAUGCACCAACAAUUGCCUCUCUAAUCUCAUUUGCAUUCAUUUUAAUCCCUCUCAUUCUAGUCUCUCUCAUUUUCAACAAAAUCAAAGCCUAUUUCUCUCUCCAAAAACUCCUAAUCUUCAUCCAAGUUUACCUCUCCAUUUACUUCUCCAUCCUCUGCCUCUCCUCUUUAGUCACUGGCUUAGAACCAUUGAAAUUCUUCUAUGCUACAGCACAAUCCACCUACAUUUGCUUACAGCUAUUGCAAACUCUUGCUUAUGUGUUGUACCUUUUGAUGCUCCUCAUGUAUCUCAUCUUAGUGUUUUCCACUGAAACUGGGCCAACAACAAAACUCAUAGGCCUGGCUCAAACAAUUGUGGGCUUUGCUGUUGGGCUUCAUUAUUACAUGACAGUGUUUCAUAGAGCUGUGCUCCAUCAACCACCUAAAACUAGCUGGAGAGUUCAUGCAAUUUAUGCCACAUUUUUUCUUGUGAUUUGCAUCUCAAGUAGUGCUGAUAGAAGGAAGAAAGCUUAUUUAGUAGAAGGUGGUGAAGUUGAGAAAAAGAGCUAAAAAAUUUGUUUAUCUUUUUUUUUCUUACUUAAUUAAUGGUCUAUAGUUUCUUACCCCCCCAUAUGGCAAAAAAAAAAAGGGGGGGGAGAAAAGAAGAUUUUCAUUGUCCUACAUUUUUAUCUUUUCUUUUUUUAAUAUAUAUAUUUGUUGCAAUUUGUAAUUUAUUAAGAUUUUAUUUAUAACUAAUAAAUUAUGGAAUUCAUUUCAUGCUUUUCUUUUACAUAAAAAAGUACUUCCUUUACAUCA